AUGGAUCAAAGAAGAUUCAAUAAGAAUGCAGGAAACGAGAACCUACAAAAGAAACUGGCUGAGAACAGACGAAAAGGAAGUCGGGGCCAAGAACAAGUCCCUGACAUUGCGGAUUUCAUGAACGAUAUGUUUUUUGGAGCGGUAAAUAAUGAGAAAAAAGUGUAUAAUCUUAGUGGUGGUGGCGGGGAUGCGGCGGAUGAAGAAGACGAUUUUGAUUCGAGCACUCGCAGUACAAGUAGCAGGUUGACUCAGGAGUGGCUAGAGGAAGCGAAGAAGCUGAUGGCUUCUUCGCCUGGCCGUGGGUCCACAAGAGCCGAGGGACAUUCACCUUCUCGGCUCGUUGGGUCGCCUAGAUUCGGUGUGUCAGGGCCUAGACUGUCGACUUCUUCAUUAACAGAGAGAGAUCCCCUUUCUCGGUCUGCUAGAAGACACAGGUCGGUGGAUGGAUUCACCGAAGAAAUCUUAACGAAAUCUUCGAAGCACACUCACAGUCGUAACAACUCCCAGACCGCCGUGGAAUCUUUUUCGAACUCUUCUCAUCCACCGGCCGACGGUUCCCCUGCCGCCGCUGUCCAGAAAUGGUUCUCCAACAUCCUAAAACCGCCGAUUGCCGGAGAUUCAACGACUUCCACUGCAUCACCACCUGCCACCACAACACCUUUAGACAUUAUCCCACCUCGAGUAUCCACCCACCGCCGCUCUCGUUUCGAAAACCAAUCUUCUCCACCACUACCACCAACAUCACCUUCCCCCACCCACCACACCGCCGCCGCCGACUCAACAGCUGCCCUUGUCCCACCUCGACUAUCCACCCACCGAAGAUCCAGAUUCCAGAACGACCCUAAUGCAGCUCAACCCCAAAUAAUACCACCUAGAAGAACCAUUAAAACCACCGCCACCGCAACUCCGGCGGACACAAGAUUGUUGUCUCCGCCUAAGCACCUCAUUGAAUCAUCUCAACGGAGAUCAAUAUCAUCCUCUACAUGCUCUCUUACAGAGAAAAAUAUCCUUUCUCCGCCGCGGAAUCUAGUGGAAUCAGCUCAACGGAGAUCGAUUUCAUCAUCUACAUGCUACACAGACAAAAUCUCGAUGAAAUCUAGUCCUAUACGCAGCGAACCAAAGGACUCAGAACUAGGUCAACUGGAUCUUAAUGCGUUCUUGAAGGAACAAAGAAUCAAAAUCUUAAAGCUACUGAAUGGCGAAAUCAAAGGGAAAGCGAAGAUUGUGCUCUCUGGACACUCAAACAGUACAAGUUCAAUGGUGGCAGCGAUUUGCCAUGCAUGGUUGUUGGAUACUCGGAUGAGAAGUAAAAGGCAUGCGGUGGUUGCAGGGGGCGGCACCACCAUGGAAAUGGUGGUGCCGGUGUUAAAUGUGAGAAGGGAAAAGAUGUGGAAGCAGCGGCAAGCCGCCUGGCUCUUCCACCAUGCUGGUGUUGAUGCCGCCGCCAUCCUCUUCGCCAACGAGAUUGAAUUGGAGGUGCUAAUGAUGAACAAGCAGUUAAGCAUCCUAGUCAUCGGGCAAGACAUCCUCAAGAGUAAUGACGAGGUUGGAUCAAAGUGCACCACCCUAACGGAUAAUUAUUGUGAAGAUGCUUAUGAUCUACUUCAAAACCCCGUUUUGAAAAAACUUAUGCUUGCGGGUAUUUUAUUAGACACACAAAACCUGAACACGACAACUACUAAAGAUACUGAGGCUGCACGAUUGCUUUCCGUAGGCUCUGCACCCAACUAUGGAAAUAGUUUGUAUGAUCAACGUAAGUUCCACCUUCUUUUUAGUUUUUUCCUUUGUCCUAAAUUAAAAUAA